AGCUCAAGCUUUGUUGGAAGGUUGUCAGGGUUUGGGUUCUCUGUGCCAAUUGCCAUGGUGGACUGGACGCAAAUAGGUUUUGCGGCAUGCCUUAUGGUAAAUCUAGUCGAUGUCAUGGGCACUCUCUUCACAGCUCCAGUUCUGGUGCCUUAUGGACAAUCACUCGGCGCAAGCACUGCAGAGCUUGCAAGCUUUUCUACCGUUCGUUUUGGUCUGGGCAUUGUCUCCUUCCUCUGGAUGCCUCGAUUGGCAGACGUCAAAGGCACCAAGGUGUGUGUUCUAGUGUCUGUCCUUGGCAGCUCCAUCGCCUACGCCAUGCAAGGAAACAGCCACUACUUGAGCGGCUGUGCGCGAGCAAACUACGCUUUGCAGGGUGGUGAGACGCUGCAGCUUUGGGAGGGACACGAAUGUCAGCUGCUAAAUGGGACAAUUGAACUCUAUGAGCAAAAUGCUACGGCUUUGGGCGCUGGAGGUACUUUGGAUUGCAUAUCUUCGUGUCAGAACAAGAACGGGGUCUACUUCUUUCUAGCGGGCCGUGCGCUUGCUGGCUUCUUUGGAGGAACUCAGCCGAUUCUACGCAGUUAUGUUUCUGAGAUCUCAUUGCCGAUGCUUGGCUUUGGUUGGUGCUGCUAUCCACGUGCGCGUGAAGCCUAUUCCAAGGCUGUGUCACCAGCAACAAUUGAGCCAAUUUGUUUCUUGGGCCGCCCGUCUUGUCAGGUUUCCAGCAAAAUUGGAGAUGUUGCAACAAUGCGAAUUGGAGCCGCUAUCGCGUCAGUGGUCAUUUGUUUGUACGGAUUUGCAUCUACCGAGGUGUGGCACAUUUUGCUGCUACAUGGGUCAAUGGGCGUGGGCCUUGGCCUCUUUGUUCCUGCUGUUGGCCCGACACUGCAGAGGUAUACUUCCCUUGCGCAUCCGAAGAAGGCUGCUCAGGCGAGUGCGCUGCCGCUUUUUGGCAUGCAGAUUGGCCAGGUUGCUGGGCAGCCUCUUUUCAGCGCAAUUGUAGGCGAUGGUCAGGACCGUUCUCGCAUGAAUGCGGCUUGGUUAGUGGCUGGCACUUGCUUUGCGCUCGGAGCUUUUUGUGCUGAUUUGGCCUUGAUGCUGAUCAAUAGGCAUCCAGUGUCGAAGAGGCUGAAGUACACACCGGAUCAGAUCAAGAUUAUGAUUGAAACAGAUGCAAAAGAGACGGACGUGUUCAUUGAGGAUAUGUGCAAGAAGUUACGCGGGAUGUUGACCGAGGGCCAUCCGGAUUAUCGAGGAGCCAAGCUCUUCAGUGGCAUAGCUCAACGCUUCAUCGCGAACGUUCUGGACAGGUCAAUUCCCAAGCUGAGAGAAGAACCUGAACAACAUUUGCAGGACGUUGCCAGAUGGAUCUCCAACGUUGGUACCGAUGAGGAGAUUGAAUUCUUUCAAAAACGCUUCCCACACGUCAAGCGCCCUUGGUGGCAGUUGAUCCACUUGAACAUCGUUUGCAGGCUUCAUUUGCGACAGGUUGUUUUGAACCUGUGCUCUUCAGUCUCAAACAAUGUUCCCUCAGUCAAGAGUUUACAAGACGAAAAGACGGGGGAAUGGGUGUCCCAGAACAAAAGAACACCAAAACAGUUUACACUUCGUUCCAGAUGUGUCCUUUGUGCUUGGAAUGGAAUGCUGUGUUUGCCUCCUCAAGGGCUCUCUCUCGCUCUCUCACUCUCUCUCUCUUUCUCUCUCUAUUCAAAACUUCAUGCUCUUCUUUUGAACUCUUGUGCGUGCAGGUUGUGGACUUGCUGAUGGCUUUGCAAUGCAUUUGAAAGGAAGCGCACAGACAAACGCACACACACACAAAACGAGCACCAGGUCAGUUGGGCCUCUUCGGGUGCAGUUAACACUGGUCCAAAGGUGGGCCACACAUCCUAGGGGAUGCCUAAACGUCACCCUGUAUACCCUCAGCUGUUUGGGCUUGUGGAAUGGCAGCAGCACAGGUUGCGAUUGCCUGGUGACCGCCGCCCCAGUGAUGCUUGUCGGGAUGGGAAGAUGUUGCCACGAAGUCGCAGCUGGUUGUUGGGGAGCAUCUGGCGCAAAGUAAACUUUCAAGCUCAGAUGCCGGGGAACUCCAACAAACCAACCGAACGAAUGAACAGCCCAUGUUUGUCUAGCAUUGGAGCCUUGAACGGUCGUGCUUUCCAUGGACAUGCUAGGUAGGAGAAGUGAUGUUGUGCCACGUCGGAUUUCUAC